CUCGUCUAUCCUCUUCUACGUUAGCCGUCAUGUACGUCGUUCCUCCUGCGAUUCCUCAUUCGUCUGUUAUCGCCUUCGAUAGCGAAGGAUCGCAAGGGUGGUCGGUAUUGCGUACGUGAGUUCGUGUCCGUGCAGAGUACACUUUUGGCUGCCUGUUUCAGACCUCCAACUCAAAUACCCCCUCUGCCCCCUCUAUCCGCAUCUUAUGACUCUUCUCUCUUGCUGAUCUCGUCAAUCGAGUCCAUCAUGGCUCUCCUUUCCUUUACCAACAUUACUCUCUCCCUCGUCAGUCUCUUGGUCGCCCGUCGCAUCUACUGGGAAGUUACGACGGGCACGCGGCGCCGCGCACUAGCAAAACAACAUGGCUGUUUACCGCCCAAACGGAGGCCUUCCAAAAAACUCUUAUUUGGGAUUGAUCACAUCAUGCGGAAUUUCAAAACGUACAAGGAACAUCGCCUGCUCGACGAGGGGAGAGAGGUCCUCACAGGCAACAAUGCCCAUACUGUCUUCAUGAAGAUCCUCGCCGUGGAGCUAUACCUCACUGACGACCCCGAGAAUAUCAAGAUGAUGCUGGCUACUAGCUUCGAUCAAUGGAGCCUAGGACAGGAACGUAUCGCGCAGAUGUCGUCCUACCUGGGAGACGGCAUCUUUACGACGGAGGGCGCGGCCUGGAAGCACUCGCGGGACAUGCUACGGCCGUGCUUCGAGCGCUCACAAGUCGCGGACGUCUCAAUACUGGAGAAGCACACCAACCGGCUCAUCGACCUGCUCCCAAAGGACGGCACUACGGUCGACCUGCAGCCGCUCUUCCACGAACUCACCUUGGACAUCGCAACGGAGUUCCUAUUCGGGCAGAGCACGAACUCGUUAGAUCGGAGUAAAGAGGAUAAAGCCUGUCAGCAGUUCAUUGAGGCGUUUGAGUACUGCCAGAAUCCGUUCAAUGAGCUGAGCUCCAGAUUUGGAAUACUCGGGAUGUUCCUACCGGAUUCGAAGUUCAAGAGAUGCGCGAAGAUCAUUCGAGACUUCGUCGACAGAAUCAUCGACGAGGAAAUGGCAUCAAGAUCAGCCUCUCAAAAGGAUGGCAGCCCAUCCGCACGCUACGUUUUCCUAGACGAGUUGCGUUCCGUAACCCAAGACCGCACCGUCAUCCGCUCCGAGCUUCUCAACAUCCUCUUGGCUGGCCGCGACACAACCGCCUCCCUUCUCUCAAACCUCCUCUUUGAGAUCCCGCGCCAUCCGGAAAUCCUUGCCCGGCUGCGCCGCGAGAUCGUGGAGCAUGUUGGAGACGAGGUACCCACAUAUCAGCAACUGAAAGAGAUGAAGUACCUAAAAGCAAUAAUGAGCGAAAGUCAGCGACUCUACCCCAUCGUCCCUUCAAAUUCGAGACAGGCGUUGCAAGACACCAUUCUUCCCCGCGGCGGCGGACCUAAGGGCACAGCCCCAGUCCUCGUUCCUAAAGGCGCAUACGUACAGUAUCAUCCGUAUGCCAUGCACCGCCGGCCUGACAUCUAUGGUCCAGAUGCCGACGUCUUCGAGCCCACGCGCUGGUUGGACGGCGAGCAUCCGUCUUCUCCCUUGCGCCCGGGCUGGGGGUACAAUCCCUUCAGCGGCGGUCCAAGGGUUUGCAUCGGGCAGAACUUUGCCCUUACGGAAGCGUCGUUUGUCGUAGUAAGGCUACUGCAGACGUUUGACAUUGAGAGUAGGGAUAACGAGGCAUGGAGAGAGAAGUUGAGCCUUACGUGCACGGGAUUGGGUGGGUGUAAGCUGGGACUGAAGCUGUUGGGGCAAUGAAGAGGCGGCAAGUGGAAUCGAUCGUGGAUAAUGACGCUCCGCGAGCGACAUCAGCCUAGAUUAAAGGGCGAGCGUGCGGGCAGCGAUGUGUAUGACCAUGUAUAAAAGGUAAGAUUAUCUAACCGACUUUGCUUAUCAUCUCACUAGGGCAGAAAGCUACUCUCCGAUCAAUAUGACUCUAUUCAAACACCUUGUCAUGCUC